AUGAAAUUAUUUUUACUUUUAUUAAUUUCUAUUUUUUCACUUUCUUUGGCAGAAAUUCCUGUUUACGAGUGCGACUCUUUAACAGCUACAUUAUGUUUCUUCAAAAACGUGAAAUUGACUCCAAAUCGUUUCCACUUCCAGUUAAGAGCCGCUGGAGGAAAUAAUCCUGAAUCAAUUGCAUUUGUCGAAUUCGAGUCGAGCGUCAUUCCCGUUGUUUACGACAACAUUUGCACGGCUUUUCCAAAAACCACGAAUUUACAACUGGGCGAAUCAAAAAUUAGAGAAAUAACGGAAGAUGCCUUCCAUGCGUGUCAAAAUUUAAAAACUCUCCGUCUCCAUAAAAAUAAAAUCAAGACAUUACAUCCGAAUACGUUUCAGGGAUUGGCAAAUUUGGAAUUUCUUAACUUGGCUUAUAAUAAAAUAACUAAAAUUCCGGAUUUGAAUUUCUUUGCUGGAAUGCCAAAAUUAAACUCGUUAUUAUUGCAAUGGAAUAACCUCACAGAGUUUCCGGCAGAAUUGUUGCAACAUAAUCCAGAAAUCUUUCGUUUGUCAAUUAAUUCGAAUGAUUUGUUCGAGUUGAAUGUGAAAAAGUUGUUGGAAUAUUUGCCGAAACUCACGUAUUUUCAUUGGUUUGACAAUCAAGUGUCUUGUUCGAAAGCUCUCGAGGGAAUAGGACACUUGGAAGCUCGAGGACUUACUGAAGUGGGUUGUGAAGCAGAAAUUCCUAUUUUCAAGGGCGACUCUUCAACACCUAGAUCUUGUUUCUACGAAGAAGUUAAAUUGACACGAAAAAAUUACGAGUGGCUUCCAUCAUGUGGAAAAAUCUCCAAACCAAUCGAUUAUGUUGAAUUUGAGGACAGCGUCAUUCCCGUGGUUUAUGACAACAUUUGCACCGCUUUUCCGCACACGACAAGUUUACAACUGGGCAAAUCCGGAGUGAGAGAAAUUUUUGAAAAUGCCUUCGUUCCUUGCCCGAAUUUGAAGACACUUCGACUUCAUGCGAAUAAAAUUAAGGAAUUACAUCCAGAUACUUUCAAAGGAUUACAAAAACUGGAAUUUCUCAAUUUAGCUGAAAAUCAUUUGACUCAAAUUCCGGAUGUGAAUUUCUUCGCUGGCAUGCCAAAAUUGCAGUAUUUAUUUCUGGAAUGGAAUGAUCUGAAAGAAUUUCCGGCAGAAUUGUUGAAACAAAAUCCAGAAAUUUACCAAUUGGGACUUUAUUCGAACGAUUUGUUGGAAUUAAAUGUCAAAAAAUUGGUCGAAUACUUGCCGAAACUCAAAUUUUUCAACUGGUUCGACAACGAUAUCGCUUGUUCGCAUGCUCUCGAAGACAUGAAAUUCUUGGCAACCAAAGAAAUUUUCGAAUGGGAUUGCAGUAGCGAUUUAUGUGACAACUCGAAAUCAACGAAUUAUGAGACGGAAAAAAUUCUUGGCAACUUUACGUGUAUUCCGGAUGCGACAUGGCAAGAAUUGAAAGAUCGGGACCUUCCUGCUUACCGAUGCGAUGAUUCCAUAACUGUUUGGUGCACCUUUCAAAAUAUCCGACUAAAUUCAACAAAUUAUCGCUGGAAACCAAAAGCUAACAAAACCGAAAUUGAAUAUGUGGAAUUUGAGUCGAGCCUCAUUCCCGUCGUUUACAGCAACAUUUGCCGGGCUUUUCCAAAAAUGAAAAAUUUGCAAUUGGGUGAAUCCGGAGUCCAGGAAGUUACGGAAGAUGCAUUUUACGCGUGUGCCAAUCUAGAAACGCUUCGGCUUCAUUCGAACAAAAUUAAAGUUUUACAUCCGACAACGUUUCAAGGCGUACCGAAAAUGGCUUUUCUUAAUUUGGGUUCCAAUCUUUUGACGGAAUUUCCGGAUUUGAGUUUUUUCGCGGGCAUGCCAAAGUUGCAAAAGUUAUUCCUCGAAUGGAAUAAUCUCAAAUCAUUUCCGGCAGAAUUGCUCAAAUAUAAUCCAAAAAUGUACCAGUUGGCGCUUUAUUCGAACAAUUUGUCGGAAUUGGAUGUCGAAAAGCUGGUCAAGUAUUUGCCGAAUCUCAAGUAUUUUAAUUGGAUUGACAAUGAAAUUUUUUGUUCGCAAGCUCUCGAAGGGAUGACGUAUUUGUCGUCUCUGGGAAUCGUUCAAUGGGAUUGUGAAGAGAUGUGUGAAAAUCCUAAGAAACGCGAUUAUGUGACAGAUAAAGUGCUUGGGAAUUUUACUUGUGUUCCAGAUAAAAUAAAUGCGAAUAGUUUCUGGAAGGAUUGA